CAACUUUUUCUUUUCCUUUUUGAUGCAUAUGAGUCUGAAGUGUAUCAUUUUGUUACGAGUCUACAGGGACCUUGGCAACUCAAAUUUGUCUGGUCAUCUGGUGCCUGAGCUUGGGAAACUUGAACAUCUCCAGUAUCUGGAGCUUUACAAAAAUAAGAUUCAAGGGUCAAUUCCAGUUGAGCUUGGUAACUUGAAGAGCUUAAUAAGUUUGGAUCUGUACAACAACAAUAUCUCGGGAACAAUACCUCUAGCAUUGGGAAAAUUGAAAUAUCUUGUCUUCUUGCGUCUUAAUGAUAAUCAGCUAACAGGGCCAAUCCCAAGUACACUUGCUAGUAUAUCUAGCUUGAAAGUUGUGGAUGUCUCAAAUAACUUCUUGUGCGGAACAAUACCUACUACCGGUCCAUUUGAGCACAUCCCCCUAAACAACUUUGAGAAUAAUCCUCGUCUGGAGGGUCCUGAGUUGCAGGGAUUGGCUAGUUAUGAUAAAAACUGCUCAUAAAGAAAUGGGGUAUAGAUGCAGAAUUCGCGACUAUUUACUGUUGUUCUGAAUGAUGCUUUUCUUAAAUAUGUUAAAAGUUGCAUAUCGUGCCUCAAGAAUACCUAGUGCUGUAAGUUUUAACUCAUACUCGUUGCCAGUGUAGGUGGUUGUAUAACUUGUAUCACUAUGAGUGGUAAAAAACCUGUAAAAUUUUCGCACUAUGAUCAAUUCAAACUUUAUUCCGUGUGUAAUUUCAA